GCAGCAACACGACCAUGGCCAAAGAACAGCCCUCAAACGCCGGUUGUCCCUUGCAGAACUGUGACUUCAAGAACACCAACGGCAACUGGACAUUCUGCCAAUGCGGCUCCCCAAAUACAACCGGGUGGUGUGGCGGCAUGCUGCCGAGCCCGCGAUGGGAGAGAAAUGCCCUUACCAACGAGUGGCAGUACAUCCAGACCUGCGAUCACAUGUGCUGCAGGAACUGUCCUAGAGAAGCACCUGCUCCCGGCUCUGCUCCUGAAAGCUCCAGGAAGAAGAGAAAGGAUUCCAGCAAGCGCGGUACAAGGGGCCCCAAAGAUGGUGUAUCCAUGACCGCAGAGGAGGCCGGACAACCAACAUCUUACGACAUUGCGCUGGACUACAGCGGCAAGGAAAAGAAGCACAACAAGGAUAAGGAGUUGUCGUCAAAGUCGAGGUCCCGGAGGCACUAGCCUGUUGGAGUGUCCCGAGGAAGAAUGUUUGUGUGAACAUGGGAAGUUGGACGUUAUGACGGUGGAUGCAUUGCUUUGAUUUUUUGGUGCGAGUCAUUGAACUUUGGAGCCAAAACUGGGAGGCUGCCUUCUCUUUGAUGGUACCCGUGGAUACAUCAUCCACCACGUUUUUAGGGUUGGGCGGCGUCGAUUGUUUUUCAGAGCAUACGGCCAGCAUGCAUCGAGGGCGCACAAAAAGAAAGGACCGUGACUUAACUGGGAGGAUGGAUGAAUGGUGGGGGAAGCAAUAGCAACACCAACGGCGUUUCCU